AUGAACAUGCGACUAAGGCGUGUUCCAGCCGGCGUGGGUGGAUGAGAGAAGCAGCAUGUUAGUGGGGGGCUGACAGGCAGAGAAAAAGCUUGUGGUUAGAUUUUUGUUGUCCAUUAUGGCAUCCAAGUGCCCCAAGUGUGACAAGACUGUCUACUUCGCUGAAAAAGUAACUUCCUUGGGAAAAGAUUGGCACAAAUUCUGUUUGAAAUGUGAGCGUUGCAACAAGACUUUGACACCUGGUGGGCAUGCAGAGCAUGACAGGAAGCCUUACUGUCACAAACCUUGUUAUGCAACACUAUUUGGACCAAAAGGUGUAAAUAUUGGAGGAGCAGGAUCCUAUAUUUAUGAUAAGCCUCCUUCUGAAGGACAGCUUGUACCAGGCCCUAUUGAGCAUGCAUCCAAAAUGGAAGAAAAGAAAAUGAACAUUGCACCAAAAGGACCUAGUAAAGCCUCCAGCAUUACUACGUUCACUGGAGAGCCCAAUGUCUGUCCACGCUGCUCCAAGAAAGUCUAUUUUGCUGAGAAGGUGACUUCAUUGGGCAAGGAUUGGCAUCGUCCCUGUUUACGUUGUGAGCGUUGUGGGAAGACUCUUAUUCCUGGAGGCCAUGCUGAGCAUGAUGGACAGCCAUAUUGCCACAAACCAUGCUAUGGGAUCCUGUUUGGACCAAAAGGAGUGAAUACAGGUGCAGUUGGAAGCUACAUCUAUGAUAAAGAUUCUGAAGCAAAAGACCAACCUUGAGAGCUUUUUUCUAGCCAACUAUUCACCUGCUCAGCCCAUUUGCACUGCAUUCUCUUCAUUAAUCUUAUAUGUAUAAACAUAGCAAAACCUGUUUAGAAGCAGGAGGAUGACAUAGCUGUAUCUGUUCAUUUGUAUGCUCCCAGGUAGAUGAUUUUUAAUGGCUGUGCUUUAAAAAGACAGAGCUAUUUCUCCCUCAAGUCUCUCACUUUGAUUUCAUUUCAACUCUGUGUGUUCUGAGCAAAUAUCUUUGCUGCCAUUACUUUGUAUGACAGAACACAAUUUUGUAAUGUCCCCUCCAGCCUUUGGAGUUAUUAGUUCAUUUUUAAAGGUCCAACUUACCAUUCACUAUUAAUGGCUGAACAAUUGGAGGAAUAAACAAAUUCUUCAGGGAGGUUAAAAAAAUCAGGUAUAUUUUUGAACAAGACGGCUAAAUGUAGAAUGAUGAUACUAGAUUGAGAGAUAAGGUUUUUAUCAGCUUUGGAUUGCCUUCCUACAUAAAGUUUCUUCACUGUUCAGAGCUAGUCCCUUGUUGAAGCAGAUGUCAGCAGUAAGCUCUUCCUAGCAGCUGACAAAGGGUACACUAUACUUAGCUGAAACUAAAGUGUUUUUUUUUUUGGAAAAUAGUUUGUAUUCUUGAGGAACCUGUGAGAAAUUAUGACCCUAAUGUUAUGCCAGGCAGAAUGUGGUCCUAACUUGGAUAUGGAAGUAUAAGUUAUUUAUGUAGAUAUCUGUCACUUACAUCUAUACAUGGAAAAUAUUACUGCUUGCCAACCAAGCAACUUGCUAUAAAAAUCAAGCAGCAAAAGUGGGAGAAGUAGAAAAAGAGACACUCUGUUUGUGUGUGUGUGUUUAUAUGUGUUAGGAUGGGACCGUAGCUAUUUUCAGAGGAACCAGUUCUGAUCUUAUUGUUUAUGUGCUUGAAAUUUAUUUAUAGCCAGAUAGUAAUGUUCUUUUUUGCUUUGGAAAAUAGUCUAUCCUACUAGUGUUUUUAGCGUCCCUGGGUCAUUAUAAGUUCAGAAGGCACAAUUGGAAUUAAUCAAGAAUAUGAGCUGAGGUAGCAUUGUAUAUUUGCACUGUAAAACCUGUACUACCCAACCUGCAGACUAAUUUUUCCAACCCAGAAUGCUUAUCUGCAUACCUUUUGCAAUUAAUAAAGAUGUUUGACAAUUUA